AUGUUCCUAACAUCAUCCAAAUUAUCUACACUCGUCGGUAGCUCGUGUCCACAGUGGAAUUUACGCAUUUCGGGGAGCAAAGAGCAAGUGACCGGCGAAGAACCGCGCACAUACGGUGAUAAGCUACGGGAUUUAGCCAACCUUGCCGACACCUUGAACUGUUCCAUGAGUCAACUGGCAGUGGCGUGGUGCCUCAAGAACGAAUCUGUCAAUUGCUUACUAUUGGGGGCCACCAGCGUCGAACAAUUCAAGGAGAACAUACACGCUCUACAGAUAGUGCCGCAAUUGACACCAUCAAUGAUGACCGAGAUCGAGCGGCUACUUGCCAACAAGCCGCAGCGACCACCCAUGGUGUCCACACUUGCCAUGAGGAACCAACAAAACAGCAACACCGUCCGCGUCGAUAUGACGGGCGCCACCGGCUCGGGCAGCGGCUCCCCGAAGCCCGAGGGCGAAGCGCCCGCCGACGGCGAAGCCUCCUCGCCCACCAAGGACAAAUCAAAGGAAUCGCUCAAAGACAACAAGCCGAAAUACUUUCUGAACAACGCGGGCGAGGUCAUCAAGCGGACAGAGCAAGACGGCGUGACGACGGACGUCGUGGUCUCCGUGUCCUCGUUGAAGGGCAAGCAGCCGGCCAGCGGCGGCAGCAAGGUGAAGAAGACCAAGGCGGAGACGCCGCAGCCCCUCUCCACCUCCCUGCAGCGCUCCUCCUCGGGGCAGCUGCCCGCCGCGCGGGAUCGCAGGCGUUCCAGGCUCGAACUGGCUUCUCCCGCCGACCUC